AUGGCCUUUCUAAAGCUCUGUUGCAACCGUGACGCCCCCGAAGAUGAGCCCUCCCAGCCACCUCGGCCGCAGCAGAAUAAUCAAGUAGAAAGCAAGCCACAGUCGCAAUCGGCGCCUGUCCCAAAACCACCAGCCCCAACUGAAGAUGUUAAGCCAUCUACAGUCGUUCCAAACGGUGCCGCAGUAACACCACUGGCCCCAACGCCUAGUCUUGCCGGGGAAAUUUGGGACCGGGCUUAUAAUAACCUCCGCGAUGGCGAUGAAACGGAAUCCAAGUUAGUGCAAGAGUACGAAAAAAUUCUUACUCGCGAGCUCAAAGACGACGAUGAUGGGUCCGGAACAGCGUCGGCGUCGUUGGAAGGAGUUGAAAAUGCAAUUGAGCAGCACAACCCGGACAAACGCCGAGCGCAGAUGCGAGGCAUCAUCGAUGCCGGCUUGAAAAAGACGGAAAAACAAGCCAAUGCAAAGAGUGUGAUGGGUACCAUUCUCGGAGGCAUUGCGCCUGUGACGGAUAUCAUCGCCGAGGCCAUAUCCGCGUCGCCUCAAGCUGCUCUUCCAUGGGCUGUUGUCACGACAACUUUGAAACUUUUGGACAACCCUGUUGCGGAGUCUGCAGCUCAACGCACAGGAGCUGCGUAUGUCACCAAAAGGAUGAGCUGGUACUGGAGUCUGUGUGGUGUUUUGCUCAAAAAGGACAACGCCCUGGACGGCGGCCCAUCGGAAGGAAUGCGUGAUAUGCUGGAAGCAGACUUGGUCGAGCUUUAUCAGCAGCUUCUAUUGUUUCAGAUGAGAACUGCCUUGGCUUGCUACGGAAACCAGACUUUGAAUUUCUUAAAGGAUCUGAUCAAGGGUAGUGACUGGCAAGGAAGUUUGACUGAUAUUCAAGAUGCGGAGAAGACUUUCCGAGAAAAUUCCCAGGUUUACGAUACCCAGAAGAUCACAGCUUCUUUUGACAAAGCUCUUCAGCUGCAAGAAAGCCAGCUCCGCAAAAAAUUCCGCCAGGAAAAGAAAUAUCUCCUGAACUGGAUCACUACGAUUGAUUAUGGCCCUCGACAAAGUGACCACUUUGAUAAACGCAACGAGGGGACUGGGUUGUGGCUGAUGGAGUCUGAUGAAUUCAAGACAUGGCAACGCGAGAAUGGAAAGGCUCUCAUAUAUCAUGGAAUACCUGGUGCCGGUAAAACCAUCCUGACAUCUGUCGUUGUGGAGGAGAUGAGCACAAAGUAUUACACCGACGACACUGUUGGAAUUGCCUAUCUGUACUGCCAAUUCGAUCAACAGGAUCUGCGACCUAUUGAUUUAUUCCUCAGUCUGCUGAAACAGCUUACUGAGGGACUUCGUUUCAUCCCUGCUCAUUUGGAAGAGCUUCACGAUCGUCGAAGUGGAAACGAGCGACCAACUUUUGCUGAUGUCCUAAAGGCAUUGCGAUCAACCAUCUCCGAAUACUCAAAAGUUUUCAUUUUCAUUGAUGCGCUGGACGAAUGCCCCGUGACUAAUGGGAACCGUAGAGACUUUUUGUUAUCUGGACUACUCCCAAACCUAUUCACCUUGCAGACUGAAUGUGGUGCAAAUAUCUUUGCAACGUCACGAGAAGUCCCAGAAAUUAUUGAAAUGUUCGACAGAGAAGCAUGCACAAGAUUGCCGAUCCGCGCCAGCGAUGAUGAUAUUCGGAUCUUUUUGGACACUCAAAUGAGAAGUCUACACCCGCUCGUUUUAGAGCGACCUGACCUGCAGGAGCAGAUCAAGAGUCGAAUUGUCGAAGCAGCACAGGGAAUGUUUCUACUUGCCAAACUUCAUCUAGACUCUCUAAAAGGACUAAGUUCUCCCAAAAAGAUUAGAACUACUUUGGAUAAACUUCCAUCCGGUUUAAAACAAUUGGACGAUGUCUAUGAGGGCGCUUUGACGAGAAUUGACAACCAAACGACCGAUGACCAGGCUCUUGCAAAGAGAGCCCUAGCGUGGAUCACCUUUUCAAGAAGACAGCUGACCCAGUCAGAAUUGGAUCACGCCGUUGCGGUGGAGAAUGGUUCUACAGAAUUCGACAAGGAGAAUCUUUCUGGAAUUUCAUACAUAAGCUCCGUCUGUGCUGGCUUGGUCACGAUCGAUGAGAGCAGUGACCAAGUUCGCUUGGUCCAUUAUACAACCUAUGACUUCUUGAUACGCUUUUUGCCUCCAUGGUAUCCGGCUGGGAAUAAGGGGGUUGCUAGGAGCUGUGUCACAUAUUUGUCAUUUAACAAAAUUGUAACAGAGCCUGCUAACGACUGUUCAAAGGAAGAGAUAUGGCUGGGCGGUCUAUAUCAGUAUUCUGCACAAAACUGGGGUUAUCAUGCCCGCACAUCUCCCAUCGACGGGGAGGAUUUGGUUGUAGAUUUCCUUGAAGAUGCGUCCAAAGUAUCUACCUGUAUCACAAGAAUGUCCGGAAAGACUGCCCCACUCGAAGUCGAAAAUAUAAAAAAGGCAGCAGGGAUACACGUCGCGGCGUACUGGGGACUGACCGAAUCCCUACGAGCUUUAUACGAGCGGUUAAAAAAGGAUCCAGAUUUAAAUACCGGAGCCGUCCUUGAGGCUCCAGACGUCGUCGACCGGACGCCACUGAUACUGGCCGCCGAGAACGGACAGGCAGAGGUAGUCAAGCUGUUGAUAGACAUGGGCGUCAACAAGGAGGCGCAAGAUAACGAUGGCAGGACAGCGCUAUAUGCGGCAGCAGAACUAGGGCAUGAGAAUGUAGUGAAGCUACUGCUAGAACUGGGCGCCAACAAGGAGGGCGCAUACGAGUACACGCCCCUAGGAGUGGCCGUGGAAGAAGGCCAUUGGACAGUGGCGAGGAUACUACUAGACAACGGCGUCAACCCCGAAGGCACAUCUGGCGAGUAUUGCAAGACGGCCCUACUAUCAACCGCAUCGUGGGGGAAUGCAGACAUGGUGAAGCAGCUGCUAGACAAAGGCGCCAACAUAAAUGCUGUUGAACCCGACUACAGUUGGACGGCGUUGACGCGGGCCGCAGAAAAUGGAAAUGAGGCGGUGGUCAAAGUUCUACUUGGUUACGAUGCCCUUGACAUAGAGGCUUACGACGAAUACAACCAUGGCUCGGCGCUUUUCCUCGCUGUGGCUAACGGGCAUGAGGCCGUGGCAAAGCUGCUGCUGGAAAAUGGCGCCAACUGGCAGGCCAAGAACGAAGAUGAAGAGACGCUACUUGAUAUUGCGGUCUUUAAUGGGAAUGAGGAGAUGGUGAAGCGACUUUUGCCAAAAAUCGACCUAGACAUGUGGCACUAG